CGAUCCAAUACAGUUUUAAUAAAUACCUAUCCAUAUCCGAAUAAAAAAACGAUUCAACCUGCCGAAAAUGGGACGAGGCUACAGACGAGGUGGAUAUAAAGGCAACCGGUAUUCACGUCCUACUCCUAGGUAUAUAGAAUACGAUGAGUCCAGCGAGGAUAGGCCGGAUUUCGACGAUACUUUUAUGGCCCCUGGCUCAUCAAAACAUGGUGGCUAUAACGCCAAGUAUCAUCAUAAUUCGCGAUACCCGACUGCGUCUAAAAAAACACAUGCCUUCCAAAAGCAGGUAGCCCAACCAAAUCCUUUUCAACAAUCCUCCUCACACACUCAUCAUAAUGAACAGCAGUCAUCAGAACAGUCAUCCCAGCAAGAUGGUAUCCAUCAUUACCACCACCACAAUCACUACUAUCACCGUCCCGACGGCGCCUCGCCCCUCCCAACGCAAACCGCAACGGGGACGAAUAACGACAUAAUGAUGACUGACUUCAGUGCGAUAAAUGUUCUCGAGGGACGCUUCUCUAAACUUGGGAGUGAGAUAGUGGAGUUUCUAAAUGCUAUGGCGAGUCAGAGUAACCAAACGAAAGAAUUUGUCGAGAGUUUCGUUAACUACUUGAAACAGUCAAAUCCCGAUUCCGAGCUUGGUAAAAUUCUGGGUGGUAAUCUCUCUCAGCAAAAUAGACCGCAAGCUCCCGUCAUCGCUCCCGCCGCUCCCUCCGUCACUCCUCCCACUGCCCCGGCUAGCACACCGGCUGGUCCGAAGGCCGCACCCGGUCCAUCCCCUCUUGGCUCAAACGCGUUUGGGAAACGCAAAACCCCGGGUAGUUCGGUUGACUCGAAUGAUGGUAGAAACAUGACCCCGAUACUUAAGAACAAUACACCUGUUUGGGGUUCUAGAUAG